AUGACAGAUCCUAAAUCUAAUGAGAAACUACCAGCACCUAUUCCUGUAAGACAUGUCGAUGGGUUGAAGAGAGGUCAAUAUAAUGAUUUCCGAUCGCAAACUUCAUUGGAUGUUCACAACGAUAUCAAUGGUAAUGAAGGAUUCAGAUCAUUAACUCCUAACACUUCCAAGAGAGUUCAAAAUAGAAGACCUUCUUAUAGUAGCAUUGAGAUAUCAAGGGAAUCUCAUUAUAAUCUUGAUUAUCCUGAAGAUGUAGAAGAGAUUAAGAAUUUACAAUUGGAUCCAAAGUCGAGAUUUUAUGCUAGAGAUAGACCUAGAACGUUGGAUUUACCUAAACUUCUACCAUAUGAAACAGAAUUACCUAAAGAUCAAGCCAAGUUUUUAAGUCAUAUAGUAAGUCAUUUGUAUAUAGCUAUAAAGACUUUAGACCUUCAAGGGGCAUUAUCAGUUAGUGCCAAAGAUUUAGCAGCUUUGAAGAAUACCAGUGGAUUAUCAGAUUUGGACAUUGCUUUAGAAACCAAUUUAUUUGAAAUGGAUAGUUCAACUAGUGAAAAUGUGUUUCCUGAUGAUAAUGAACCUGGAGAAUUAGAUUAUGUUGAUGAUGCUAUGGAUGAAGAUGAAGAUGAUGAAGAAGAUGAAGAGGAAGAAGAAGAUGAAGAAGAUGAUGAAGAAGGGAAUUAUUCUGAAGAUGAAGAAAAGGAUAGAAAUGAAUCAGCUCUGCAACAUAAGAAAUCACCUAAAUCAGCUGCCGUUGUAGGAGUUAGAAUUUGGACUUCGGAAUUAUUAGUAUGGCUUAAAAUGAAAUACGAUAUGCCGGUGACUUUAAGAAUAGCUUUAGCUAAAGUAUAUUAUUCCAUAUGUUUGAGUAGAGGUCAAUUCAUCAAUUUGAAAGGAUAUGUACGAGCAUUUGAUUAUUUAACUAAAGAUGUGAGUUUCCUUCGUAAGAAUGGGUUAGUUUUGGGUUGGGAAAGUUUAUAUCAUGAAAUAACCAAUCAUUUCCUUACUCCAGAUGCUACUAUUGAUCCAUUUGAAAAGAAGGAUUUCAAACAAUUGAAUAAAUUGGCAGAAAAGGCCAGUCAAUUCUUUGAUGAAAAGGCAUUACCUGAGAUUUAUAGCAAAUUGGGACAAAAUAUUUCAAUCUCCAAUUCAGCUUUUGUUAUAAAUUCCAUGGUAAUGUUACCAUUAUCUUUCAAUGACCCUAAUGAUAUUUAUGAUAUUCGUUAUUACAUUGCUUCAUUCUUUUAUAUGUGGGAGAAAUUCUAUAAGAAUAAUGAUUUAGAUAGUCAUUUAACCACCAGAUUAGGAACCAUUUCCAAAGCUUCAUUAUCGGUUUUAAACGACAAACCUCAAUCCAUUGAAAUAGGGAAAUUUGGAGUGUUCAAGGAAGAUCAAUUCGAAAUCUUGAUAAAUAAUCUUUUAAAUAACCUUAGCAUUUCACCUAGGAAAUUCUCAUCUAAUUCAUCCAAUUAUUUCCAUGGUUAUUCAUCAGCUAUAAUUUAUUCUAUCAAUGGAGACACAGCAUUAGAAGAAAAUGGGAUUUUGAAUUCCUUACAAACUCUUGUUAAUGCUAUUGAAAGUUAUGUUCAUCCUACAAAUAGUGGUGAAUGGACUAAACCUAUUUCCAAAUUAAUCUAUAGUUUGGUUUAUCAUAUGCAUAAAAGAUACAAUUCCGAAGUUGAAGAAUUCGGAGAUUUGAACAAUAUCCCCCAACAUAUCAAAAUGACGAAGAAUGUGGUGAAUAAAUUCGUGGAAAUCUUCUUACCAGUAGUAAGAAUAGGUUUACAAUCGAAAAAGUCAAGUUCGGUUGAUAGUUAUUUGAAUUCCUUACAAGCAUUAGCCCAUUUAAACCCUGAAUAUGUAUUGGAACAUGUAUUAUUAGAUCUUUAUGAAUCUUUGGAAGGAGUUAUAUCAACUCAUAGAGUAAUAGUAGCUAUUAGAGCAUUUGAAGAAUUAGCCAGAUAUUUCUCCCAUACUAAGAUAUUCAGAGUUCACGUGACCAAACUUUUAUCAUUAGCUAUUCCUGGGAUUGAUUCUAAUGAUUUAGAGAAAUCAGCUCAUGCUUUGAACUUAUUUGAAACCAUAGCUAACUUUACACCUAUCUAUGAUUUGACCAAUGGAGAAGGAGAUGCCAAUUUAGCCCUUCAAUUCACAGAAUCUCAUGUUCAGCAUUUACAAAUGAAGAUUUAUCGUACCAAUGAACUUGGUGAUGAUAUUAUGGGAGGAGGGAAUUUUGAAAUCGAUGAUGAAACAGAGAUUGAAAGUCUUAAAUCUUCUACCACUGCGUUCAAGCCUUUGAUCAAGAGUUUGUUACAAAGAGUGUUCACAUUAUUAGAGAAUUUACCUGAUCCUAAUAAGAGUGGGAAGAUGGAACGAGGUAUUUCUGAUGCUAUACCCAAAUUCUUGUACAUAAUCUUUCAAUCAGUAUCGAAAGAUAUCUUCAAAAUGGCUCGAGAUUUAGUAUUUGACUUUGCUUUUGAUAACACCAUUCAUACCGUAGCUGAUGUUAUGGCAGAAAUCUGUGGAUCUUUGAUUAAAUGUGAUCCUCAAGCAUUCCCUCAAUAUUGUGAUGUGUUAAUAGAGAGAAUCAAAGAAGCUAUUGAAGAAAAUGGUUCAGGGAAAUCAAGAACUGGAGUUGAUAUUGUACCACGAGAUCAACCAUUAUUCUGGAAUUUGGUUAUAUUGAAUGAAUGUAUUGGUAAUGCUCAAACAUAUGUAUUGAAAAGAGCCAAAGAAUUGACUGAAUUCAUCAAUUAUUUGAUGGAUAAUGUUAGAGGUCCUACAGUAUUUGCUAGUGCUUAUAUCAUCAAUCAAACAUUACAAUCCAUAACUAAGAUCAAACUUUCCGAACUGAGAUUGAUCUCACCUCAAUAUGAAGCCAAAUAUGGUGUUGAUUCUACUUGUUGGGGAGGUUUCCAAUUCGAUAAGAAUAGAUUUGAUGAUGAACAUUUAGGAUUCAGUUGGUUUUUACCUACAGAUAAAGAAGUUGAUUUUGCUGUUGAUUUAUUCACAGAAUUAUCAUCUAAGAUCUUGGGUAAUAUUCUGACACUUAUGAAGGAUUAUAAUAAAGAUAAAAAGAAAGAUGCUACAUCGAUAUUAUCAUUAACUGAUGAAUUAAGGAACAAUUUCUUAUACUUAAGUUAUGGAUUAAGUGGGAUUUCAUUCUUAUUAGAUCCUUCAUUUGAAGAAGAUAUCCCCAAAUUGAAUCAACAUCAAAAUGAAACCAUUCAUCAAAGAUUAUUAUUAUUGAAACAGAUCCGAUCAGUAAAGAAUGAAAAGAUUGGAGGUAAAGAUGAACUUAGAAUUGAAAACUUACAAGAGAAUCUUCAAAAAAUCAUUGAAGAUAUGACUAAUGAUGAUGAAAUUGAAAGAAUGAAUAUUCAUGAUAUUGAUGAAACUAAGACAUCUCCUGAAGAUGAUGAUAAAAUGGAAGUAGAUGAUGAUAUCCCUGAUAAGAAAGAUAUUAAUAGUGAUAAGAAAGAUCUUGAUACUAUUGCCCAUGAAAGUUUGGAAUAUUCUAAGAAACAUUUAUUUGAUAUGGAAAGAUCAACAUCUCCUGAAGCUAAAGAAUUACCUUCUCGAGCAUCUCCAGGUAUUGAAGGGGUAGCAUUAUCACAAAUGAAUCCUGGGAUAACCUUCAGAGAAAGGAAAUUAUACACUUCAAGAUAUUUCUUUGGUGAUGAUAUGGAUACCAGAAGAUCAAAUGAUUCAUAUAUUAAAUUACAUCGAUAUAGAUAUUUGAUUGGUAGAAGUCUUCAUAUCAUUUGUAAGUUCUUAAUGGCUCAUUUCCAUGAUAAUACCAAAUUAUUCAAACAUUUCCUUUUCACUGUCAAUACUUGGUUCUCUGAUGUUGGAAGAGAAAGACUUUUAGAUACCAGUCAUGCUAAAGUUGUUUAUGAUAUGAUAACUUUUGUUCAAGGUAUCAACAAAGUAAGGAAACCAUUCAGUAGAAUUGCUAUUGGAUCAAGAAUUGAAGCUUAUCAUCUGUUAAGAGUGGUAUUACAUUCAACUUCAAGAACUCAAACUGAUUUAGAUAAACUCUUAUUGGAAGAUUUAGUGAAAUUAUCAUUAUCCACAUAUUCAACCGUAUCAAAACCAGCACAAACUUCAUUAAUUGAUGCUAUGAAGAGAUUAAAUGGGAGUUAUAAUGUCAUUAUUAAAUCAUCAUUGAAAUAUUUAUCUAAAUCUAUUGAUGAAAAUGAUGCUAAGAAGAUUGAAAGUGGUCUUAAUCUCUUUAAUUUGAAACGUAUAAGGUAUAAGGUUCAGAAUGAUUAUUUCAAUUUGAAUAAAUUCGUCACCUUAUUACAUCGAUGUUUGGCGUUUGAUAUCAGAGAAGUUAAUGUUUUAGCCCAAACGUUAUUUAAGGGUAUUGCUAAACAUUUAACAGCUCCAAGUAGUAUUUGUUUGAUGGAUAUGAAAGCUAUUGAUGCUAUAAGACCACCAGAUGAAUUCAUUGAUUUAGAAAUCAAAGCUGUUAAACUUGCUAAAGAGAAGAAAAGGGAACUUUAUCUUGAAAAACUUAAAAAACUUGAAGCUACUGUUAUUGCUAGUGAAGCUGGAGUUAAUCAUUGGAAGACUUCACUAUUGAAUUUAUCAUUAUUGGUAGAAUUACAAUUAGAUCUUGAAAUGCCCAAUAAUAAUGAAGUUAUGAAGAUUUUAGCAUCUCAAGCUAAUUCUGACCUUCCGGUGAUAUCAAGGUUAGCUUCAAGAGGGAUCUAUAAGUUGAUUAAUGAUAUUUAUUUACAUCAAUUGAUUGAUUAUAAGUUGGAGAAUGCGUUUGAUUUCAAUUACUUAUUGAAAGAUCAUGAAAUCAUCUCCACUGUUGGAUCUCCUUCGUUCUAUAAUGAUUGGAAGAAAGAGAUGGCCAAUAAUUCUCAUUCUCAGUAUUUUGUUGAUAAUAAAUCCAACAUUGGAUGGUUAUUCUGGGGAGAAUCGAUGAAGGUAGUUAAGAAUCAACCGGAUUAUGACAUCAAUUUGAAUGAUUCUGAUACUCAAGCAGUGAAUAUUCUUGGGAAUUAUAUAACUAAGGAUUGGCUUCAUGAGAUAGUCAAACUUUGGGUUACUGAUAAUGAAACUACAUCAGUUUAUCAAGCCACUGAUGUUUAUUUCAUCCAAACCAUUGUAUUAUUGAUAGCUAAUGGAUAUUGUCCAAACCUUUGUUUUGAAGAUGUUUUCCAAGUGGUAGAAGAUAUCUAUGAAACUGAUGAUAAGGCCAGUCAUAUAGUUACCUGUGAGAUACUUGCUGGAUUAUUGAUCAGUUCUAAGGUGUUGAAUCAACAACUUCAAGCUAAAAGAGAUGAAUUUAUUGUUAGAUUCAUCAACAAUAUCUUCAAUAAUGAUUUAUCUCCCGAUACUUCAGGGAUCUGGAAUGUGUUUUCUUGGUGGAUUCCAACUCAUAUUGAUCAUAGAAGAUUCCCUGCUAUCACUGAUGUCAUCACCAAAUUCAGAAUCGAUAGAUCUUCAGAUUUUGCUUUCAGAGACGCUACAAGAUUGAACUAUGUCAAAGCUUUUGUAGCUUCAACUACCUGGAAGUUCGCUGAACCGGAUGAUAUCAUGCAAAUGUGUCUUGAUAAUAUAGACCAUCAUUAUCAAGCAGUUAGAGAUCAAGUUGGUCAAUUAUUAGGUAUCUUAACAUAUGUUUAUUAUCCUGAUUCAUUCCAGAACUUUAAAACUUUCACCCAACAAUGUAAUGAAGGUGUUAUACAAGCCAGGAAACCUACUUCUUUGGAGAUUAGUCAGGUAUUACCUAAGAUUUUCCAACAAAUCGAAGAUUGGAGAUUACAAACUAUGGGUAAAACACCUCAAGAGAUCUUAAAGACUUCUUACAUUUAUUCAGCUACCACAGUAUUAACAUGGUUGAAACAAUCUUUGGUGUACAGUACCGCAAUCUAUUAUGAAGAUUUUGCUGUUGAUGAAAUCGUUCCUUUCUUAUUGAAAUUAAUUAGUUUGAAAGAAGUUUGUCAAUUAGGUAAUAUUGAUCCUAUAACUGUAUUGAAGUUAACAUCUCAAAUCCCAUUCAACUUCAAGAAUAUCAGUAAAGUCGUCGAUAUGUUGAAUAAUUACUCUAAGGAGAAAUCAUUGAAUGUGGUCCAAUCCAUUGUUAUUGGAGAAUUCACUGAGACUUUCUAUUUCAAGAAUUUAUUCAAGUUAACUCCUCAACAAAGAGAUAUCAUCAUUAACUUCACCAAUGAGUUACUUUUCCAUAAACAAGUAUCAGUAAGGGAAUCAGCAUCUUCAACAUUAUCAGGAUUAAUCCAUAUCUCUCCACCAACUGAAGUUGAAUCCAUAGUUAAGAAAUAUUCUUUAACUUACAAACAAACUUUGGAUAAAGUGAGAAGAAAGUAUAGGAAAGCUGGUAAUGGGUAUAAGAACAUGGCUCCUGAAGAUCUUAUCUCAUUACAUGGUUCAACUUUAGGUUUGGGGGCAUUAAUCCAUGCGUUUUCAUUCUUAUCACCUCCACCUAUUUGGGUUCCGGAAUUGUUGGAGAUUUUAGCGACUAAAUCCAGUGGUAUACCUGGAUUAGUUGGGAAGACGGCCAAAGAUUCAUUGAGUAAGUUCAAAAAGACCAGACAAGAUACUUGGCAUAUCGAUAGAGAAGUAUUCACUGAAUCACAAAUGCAAGAUUUAGAGGGGGUUUUGAUUAAAAGUUAUUUCAUUUAA